AUGGCCCAUCUCCAAGCAUCGAAUCUAUUCUCAGUCAAGGACCGGGUGGUCGUGAUCACCGGAGGCGGAAGUGGCCUCGGUCGUAUCAUGGCCAAAGCUCUGGAUGCCAAUGAAGUCUCCAAGAUCUUCAUCCUAGGCCGACGCGAAGACGCGCUACAAGAAACCGUCUCAGAAACCAUAAACGGCACCGUGAUCCCAAUCCAAUGCGACAUCACCUCGAAAGAAUCACUCGAGACAGCCUACAAAGCCGUCGCAGUUCAAACAACACACGUCGACCUCCUAAUCGCCAACAGCGGCGUAAUUGGUCCCCGCAUGAAGCCCCCGCAACCCACAGAAGACGGGUCCCUCCCGCCGCUGUCGCAAGUCCGCGACGAACUCUUCAACGUCCCCAUGGAAGAGUUUAACACAGUGAUGAAUGUGAAUGUCACUGGGUCGUAUUACACGGUGCUGGCGUUCUUGCCUCUGCUUGAGGCGGCGAAUAAGAGACGCCCCGCGCCGAAGGACGAUGUCCUUGCUGCCCCGACUGCGCAGGUUAUUAUCACUAGCUCGCUUGCUGGGUUUAGUCGCACGGUAUCAUUUAGCUUUGCCUAUAACGCUUCCAAGGCGGCUACGACACAUCUCGUCAAAAUGCUUUCCACCUCGUUUGCUUAUUACAGUAUUCGUGUUAAUGGCAUCUCGCCUGGCCUUUACCCCUCUGAUAUGGCCAAUCAUAUGUUCCGGGCCUCCGGAAGUCAGGGUCGUGCUGUUUCUGAUGGCUCUUUCCCGAAGGAGAUGAUUCCUGCUACUCGUGCUGGUAGUGAGGAGGACUUGGCUGGUUUGAUUGUUUGGCUGGCUAGUAACUCGGGUGGUUAUAUCAAUGGUAAUAUCUUGCUUACUGAUGGUGGCCGGAUUUCUGUUGUGCCUGCUGUCUACUGA